GAGGGCCAGGCAGGGCAGGAUGGCAAGAAGGAAAAGAGCAGGAGACCGCCCAGUAGGUCGAUUUGUACUAGGGACAAACAGGCAUUGACCAUGACAACAUANGACACGGCGUUCCGACAGCAGCGCUUGAAGGCGUGGCAGCCCAUUCUCACCCCCAAGACGGUGCUACCGCUGUUCUUCGCCGUCGGAGUCAUCUUCGCCCCGCUGGGAGGCCUGCUGCUAUGGGCGAGCUCGCAGGUGCAGGAGUUCUCCAUCGAGUACCAGCACUGCACACGCGAUGCCACCAACGAAUUCACCACCAUUCCCUCCGACUACGUCGAUAGCCACUUUAAGAACGCCACCACUCCCUCGCAGGCUCCUCAAUGGCGCACCUACAACCAGACCAUCCCCUACCACAACGGCGCCGUCGAGGUCGUAACGCCCGUCUGCCAGCUGCGCUUCUGGAUCCCCGACGACCUGGCCCCGCCCGUCCUCCUCUACUACCAACUCACAAACUUCUACCAGAACCAUCGUCGCUACGUCAAGUCGCUCGACUCGGACCAGCUCGAGGGCAACUUUGUUGAUAACGACACCAUCUCCAAUAGCGACUGUGACCCUCUGCGCCUUGAUGCCUCGGGCAAGGCCUACUAUCCUUGCGGCCUGAUUGCAAACUCGCUGUUCAACGACAGCUUUGUCACCCCACGCCUGCUGAACGAUCGCAAUGAUGCCGAGCCCGUCAACUACACCAUGGUCAACAAGGGCAUUGCGUGGUCCAGUGAUGGCGAGCUAUACAAGAAGACUGCCUAUACUGCCGACCAGGUGAGCCCUCCACCCAACUGGCGCGUCAUGUACCCCGAGUACAACGAAUCAAUCCCUAUCCCGAACAUCCAUGAUUGGGAGGAAUUCCACGUAUGGAUGCGUACCGCCGGUCUACCUUCGUUCAGCAAACUGGCUCUGCGUAAUGACACUGCUGCCAUGCAGAGUGGUCAACUUCCCGUCACCCUCUAUGGCGGCACAAAAUCAAUCCUUCUAAGUACUCGCACCAUCAUGGGCGGCCGCAAUCCUUUCCUCGGCAUUGCAUACAUUGUAGUGGCCGGUGUCUGCAUUGUUCUGGGUGCACUGUUCACUGCGACCCACUUGAUCAAGNNCCCAGGUAUGUUGCCUUUUCAUACCACUUUGCAUCUGUAUGCUAACUUCGGAUCCAGAAAACUUGGUGACCACACCUACUUGAGUUGGAACAACGACCAGCCUAGUACUGCCACCACUACUGGCAGGGCCUAG